ACAGGCGGUGCAGGCUACGAUAGACACAUAACGAUAUUCUCGGACCAGGGAAGGUUAUAUCAAGUUGAAUAUGCCUUCAAGGCCAUUACUGCCGCAAACAUCAUGUCUAUUGGUGUGCGAGGAAAAGAUUGCGCUGUAGUACUUUCACAGAAAAAAGUUCCUGAUAAACUUAUUGAUCCUUCAUCCGUAUCUCACAUCUUCAAGCUCUCGCCCUCAGUAGGUUGUGUCAUGACGGGCUCAAUCGCUGACGCUAGAGCUUUUGUUCAACGCGCAAUUGGUGAAUCAGCGGAAUUCCGGUACAAGUAUGGUUACGAAAUGCCAGGUGAUGCGCUAGCCAAAAGAAUUGCUAAUAUAAGUCAAGUUUAUACACAACGAGCAUACAUGCGUCCAUAUGGAGUAGCUACCACUCUUAUUGCGUUAGAUCCUGAGUUUGGUCCACAGCUAUACAAGUGCGAUCCUGCUGGAUAUUUUAAUGGCUACAAAGCUACAGCAUCGGGACCCAAGCAGCAAGAAGCCUUCAACCAUUUGGAGAAGAAACUUAAAAAUAAAGACUGCGCCGAAGGAAACUGGGAGGAUGUCGUUGAACUUGCUAUAACUACCCUGAGCACUAUUCUCAGCGUAGACUUCAAGAAAAACGAAUUAGAGAUAGGCAUUGUGGGAGGUCCUAGGGUAGAUGGGAAGGCAGGAACGUGUUCAGACUUCAGGGCUUUAACAGAAGAAGAGAUUGAUGAAAGGUUACAAGCGAUCGCAGAAAAAGAUUAA